UGUUUUAGAGGAAGAAGGUUGUGGUAGGAAAUCUGCGGUUAUGUCAGGCCGGGGAAAGCAGGGAGGCAAAGUGCGGGCCAAGGCCAAGUCGCGGUCCUCGCGGGCCGGGCUGCAGUUUCCUGUAGGCCGGGUGCAUCGGUUGCUACGGAAAGGUAAUUAUGCCGAGCGGGUCGGAGCCGGAGCUCCGGUCUAUAUGGCGGCCGUGCUGGAGUACCUGACGGCCGAGAUCCUGGAGCUGGCGGGCAACGCGGCGCGGGACAACAAGAAGACGCGCAUCAUCCCCCGCCACCUGCAGCUGGCCAUCCGCAACGACGAGGAGCUCAACAAGCUACUGGGCAAAGUGACGAUCGCGCAGGGCGGCGUCCUGCCCAACAUCCAGGCCGUGCUGCUGCCCAAGAAGACCGAGAGCCACAAGGCCAAGAGCAAGUAAAAACGGUCUCUGAGAAACGAGAGGUCUAAACUGCGAAAAACACACCCCAAAGGCUCUUUUCAGAGCCACCCACAUGAUCAGAAAAGAGCUGUUCACUUUGUAAUAAUCACGUCCCCAAGCUCCCAAGAAAUACUUCACUUCCUGAUGCCUUUUGUAAUUGAAGUGGAGAAUGUUUAGUCCUGUGACUGACGGAACACUGUCGUCACUCAUCAUGUUGGGUAAUCCAGAAUCGCUGCAGGCAUACAGGAAGCCUUCAUGUAAAGUCAGUAUGUUCAUUGUGUCCCUUUCUGUGCCCUGUCCAUAGAAGACGAAUCUACGAGAAUGGUCCGCUUGAAAUCCUGAUUCUUGUCUGACUCAGGGGGAGAAGACAGCCAAAGGCAGAAACGGUAUACUUUAAAGCAAUUUGUUAUACCAGUGUAAAACUGAACUAUGAUAGGUACUAACAAACUUUCAGUUGUCAUCUUCGUAUGCCAGGUUAGUCCUCUCAUGGGAAGCAGUGAAUAAGCUCUGUCUCUGCUAGGCCGUGAGGAGUCAUAUAUCCCAUUUCCCCUUGUGGCCCUGCUUUCCUGUGCUUUCUAGGAUGUGCCUUGGUAUCCUCUGAGAAGUUAGCCCCAAGGUACUCAGAAGUCUCAGGCUGUCAUUCCUUUAGAUACUAGUCAGGCCAGAAGACCACUCCAACGGUUCUGAAGAUCUUCCAUGCCGUGCAAAGAUACAGCAUGGAUGCCUCCCACCUAGAGCUCCUCCAGGCACUGAAUGCUCAACGCCGUCAGGUCCUUAUAAUGUACUUGGACUCACGGCGACGAGUCCGUAAUCUCCUCAUGACUCUCACCAGCCUGAUCACCCAGCUGUGUGACUUGCUUUUCCAAAGCCAUGUAAGCGAGGCUGCAAUGUCUGAAGCUCUCACAAGGAGAACAUUCGAACUGUAUGGCAUGCUGUCAGCAGGUGACUGCGACCUGCCAGAAGAAGAUGAUAUUGAGGACACGAACAAGGAUGGCCUGCUUUGGGAACGUCUUCAGACUGUUGACCGUCGGUUCUGGGUACAGGAGAAAAGUGUAGACUGGUGGGAGAGAAUAGUGCUACAGACAUGGGGUGAUCAACAGUGGCGUGAAAACUUUAGGAUGACAAAGGCCACAUUCCUAGAGAUCUGUGCAGAGCUGACUCCAGAGCUAAGGAGGCAAACUACCAACAUGCGAGUCCCUUUGAGUGUUGAAAAGCGGGUGGCAAUUGCCAUUUGGAAACUGGCAACCCCCAACUGCCAAAGGUCUGUGGCCAACCAGUUUGGCGUGGGCAAAUCCACUGCUGGAUCAGCUAUUCGUGAGGUGUGCACAGCAAUCAGGAAGGUGCUUGCCCCACGUUUCCUUGGGCUCUUCAAUCCCCAGGAGGUCAUCAAUGGAUUUGCCCACAUGGGGUUCCCAAAUUGCAUUGGUGUGAUCAACAGCAUACACAUCCCCAUCCUUUGCCCUCCCCACCGUAGCUCAGAGUAUAUGAACAGAAAGGGCUUCUUUUCUAUUGGGCUGCAGGGCCUUGUGGAUCACUGUGGGAGAUUCACACACAUCACUGCUGGAUGGUCUGGCAAAAUGCAUGAUGCUAGGGUCUUCCGUAAUUCUAGCCUUGUCCCCCUGAUGAGGAGGGGAGAUUUUGCCGGGGAUGCUUCCAGCACAGAAAUCAAUGGAGUGACAAUCCCCCCACUGAUUAUUGGUAGCCCAGCUUACCCCCUCCUACCAUGGCUCAUGAAGCCAUUCAUAGGGUACCUGGACCCCCGGAAAGAACUUUUCAAUCAUCGGCUAAGCAACUGCUGGCUGAUGGUAGAACAUGCAUUUGGACGCCUCAGGGCCAGGUGGAGAGCCCUCAAUGUCCGUUUGGAUGCGUCUGAACGUUACCUUUCCAGCAUGGUGGUGGCCUGCUGCAUCCUACACAACAUCUGUGAGACGAGGGGUGAGACUCUGGGGGUUGGGUGGGUGAUGGAGGCUGAGAGACUUUCUCAGCGUUAUGAGCAGCCAGAGCCAGUACUUCUUGAAAACUACAGCCAACAGGGGACUCUUGUCAGGGAGGCAUUGGCAGACUACUUUGAGCAGGAAGAAGGGGCUCAGGAAUGAGGUAGGGCCAUCACUGUUCUAAUGCAUGUUGUAAGAGGGUAUGUUCAUUAAAACCUGCUGAAUAUAAAUGGCUGCUUUUAUUUAAUAAUUAAGCCCAUAAUAAACCAUUUAAAAUAGUGGGAAAGAACUAGGGGAAGAGGGAACUAUAAAGAUAGGAAACCAUUUAGAUUCAGUGGUGUAGCUGCCACUCACCCCAGGUCAUUUGCACGAGAACUCUGCAGCAGCAGGCCACAACGGGGUUUGAAAGAAUCGAAUAUGAUCUUCCAAAGGCUGCUGUCACCCCCCAGUACUUCUCCCAGUACUAUGGGAGGUGGCAUGUGUGUGACAAGGUUGUUGAGGGUGCAUAGGGAAUAUUGAGGGAAUUCCAGCAGCCAAGGAGAGGACAAAGUGCUGCCUCUCUGGACUCUGGCAGAUGAAGAGCCUGGGAAAUGUAGGCUUGCACCUUCCUCUCCCCCAGAUUCUUCCCGAGAAGCUCAGUGUCCCCUUUUGCCAGAGAAAUAGCAUCCCUCUCCUCCAGGAAUCCUUUAAGACCAAAGGCUACCAGUUCUUCCAGCCUGGAGGUUGGCCAUGCAGUAGUGCUCCAUCUUAGAGUGUCACUCCUCCCCCACACUGGCCCUCCUCUCAGGGGAUCCUUCUCUUUUUCCUCCACCCUAAGCCUUGCUUCAAACUAAGACUCUUCAGUAACCUUAGCUGCCAGACCUAAAGGGACAUAACCUGGCAGCCUGAGGCCCUGUUCUAGUCAUGGCCAAAGUGAAAGGGGGCUGCUGAGGCAGGGGG